AUGCAGUGCAGAUUCUGUCAAAAGGGCUUUUCCAAAGGAGAACAUCUGAGAAGACAUGAACGAAGUCACACCGGGGUCAAACCGUAUCAAUGUAAAGAAUGCAAGCGAUCCUUCAGCCGACAAGAUUCACUCGCGCGGCAUGAAAAAUUACAUCUGCGUCGCAGGAGUGCAGAUGAUGCUUCUUCGCCCACAGGGUCCGUCGACAAGCCGGCGACCCCAGAGAGCCUCAGAAACAGCAAAGUGGCCGACGGCUUCCCUGCUGUGGCACCCGAUGUCCUGGGCUUUCCUCCCGAACCACUCGCAGCGGAACUCCCACAGUCGGCGGGCGACUUGGAUUUCGAGCUCAUCUGGCCGGACUCUGAAGACUUGUUACAGACACUGAUAUCCACAGACGCUGCCAAUCAAUGGCAAAUCCCCCUAGGGACCCUGCCGUUCUCUGCCACGCCUUCCACAUACUAUGCGCCCUUUGAGACUCCCAGCUCCUUCGAUCGCCGGCCUGGAUCAAUAGGAGCUAUACCUUCCGGAGGAAACCAUCAAGCAGUCCAAGAUGUCAGUAAGAUGGUCUCGAACGUCUCGUCCAGCGUCACCGCCGCGGCAAGAUCUAACUCUAUCACAUCAGUCUUCCUCGAUGAAUGCCUGCAUAUGUUCUUCGUCAAAUUCAUCCCCACGUUCCCCGUCCUUCACAGACCCACUUUUGUCUUUCGGGACUGCGCCCAUCCACUGCUUCUUAACGCCAUCGCCAUCGGUUCUCUAUAUCUAGGACCCAAGGAUGCUGUGGGGAAGGGUGAAGCGCUAUGGCAUCUUGCCCACACCGCAAUCGCAACGUCAUGGCAGAGUUUGAUUACCCAUCGAGGACCCUACGAUGCCUGCGAUGGCGUCCAGCUGGUGAUUACGGGGGUCUUAAGUCAGGUAUAUGGAGCCCUCUCGAGGAAUCGCGCUAUUCGAUCCACGAGCCAAGCGUUCCAUUCUCUGGGGUUCGUUUGGGCUCGACGAUGCGGAAUGUUGGAUAGUGCGCCGUAUCCUCUAGAGUCAGUGCCGUCCCUGGAUGCCGCCGACUCCGAAAAGGAAUAUCAAUGGCGACUGUGGGUGGCUCGAGAGAUCCAACAGCGAGCACUUCUGGCGCACUAUAUGCUCGACGGGCUCAUCUCUCAAAUGUCCGGAGAGCCAACUGCGGUGCGUCACGCAACGAACCAGCUCACACUGCCCAGCGACGAGGCAGCAUUCGAGGCGUCAACGGCCAACGAAUGGAUAUCGCACAUGCAGGCUUCAGCGUCGUUUCAAACCUCGUCCUUUCGGAGCAUUCUCCGGCGCCUCUUCCAUCCAGCAGAUGAGUCGAGUUGGUUGGACACAACGCUGUCGGCAUUCUCUUACAAAGUCAUCCUGGAAGGCCUACAGUCCCUGAUUUCCGACGACGACUCGGACGAAGGCACGGCCGUUGGAGUUCCCACCCACGGCGAGGUUCGUGCCGCGCUGAACAAGGUCUACGAGAGCAUCAGACUCAACCCGUCUCUGUCGUCGGCUGACCGCUACGAGACUCUCUUGCGCUGGCAUGCAAUAUGUCUUGACACGAACGUCGAUUCAUCCCUGCUUUGCCGCAACCUGUGCGCUAAAUACGGCAUCACACAGCACAUCUGGCGCAACACCCACGGGCCGAAAUUAAACAUCGAUCUCGCCAUGUGGGUAACGACCUCAGCAGCGCGCAGCGCUUUGCUCCACGCAAUGGCCAUCCAGGAAAUCAUCGAACAGCUGCCCCGCGGCCGCGCGCACGCCAUCAACAUGCCCAGCUCCUUGUUCGCCGCAGCGACUGUCUACUCGGUCUUCGCGCUGGGCGGCCAACCUGCGCUGAAAAUCCCUUCCACCGUGGUCUGGCAGGACGUUCUCUUGGUCGCCACCAGGAGCAGCCGAACCGACCAGCCAUCAUCAUUAUCUUCAUCAUACUUGCCUUCUUCUUCCGAGUCCGACACGGCGCGUUACAUCCGCGGCGAGAGCGAUAGCUUUCAGAGAUUCGAUGCGGCCUCAACCUCCAGGAAUCUGCUGUACGAGCUGAACUCGAUGGAGAAGCUGUUCCGCUGCCUCAUCGCGCAGUGGGGGGUUGCGGUGGAUAUGGAGGCUGUGGUUGAGAAGUGGAUUGAACUUUGUCAUUGA